CCGCCUGGCCUAGCAGGCCCCACGCUGCUGCCUCCUCUGCCUCCUGGGCCACCCGCUGCUGUGGGGCCACCAUGCUCCUGCCCAGGCCUGGAGACUGACCCCAAACCCACACCAUCUCCGGCGGACCCCAGGGUAAGGCCCAGGGCCCCCAGAAUCACAGUUCCAGUCCUGAGGACACUAGUGCCCUCACCUCCUUCUCCACCUGAUGCCAACCUCCCAAUACAGAGACUCCCAGGGGCUCCAAGAGUGGACUCUGACUUGUCCCCAAGCACCUGGGAGCUCCAGCUGCUGUCUCUUCAGACUGAGUUCGCUCGGGCGCCCUGUUUUCUCCUCCCUCAAACCCAGGAGUCCUGGCCCCCAGAUCCCUCCUGCCCCAGGAGUUGAGAAUUCUUAUCCUCAGGCCCCUCCUCCCAAGGCUCAGCCAAGGGGGUCCUCAGUCCUACAUAUCCAGGUGUCCCCAUGGCCGCUGGUCAGACACUGACCCUAUCCUUGAACCCAGCGCAAUCUGCGUCCGUGACCAUGGCAUGCUCUGGCCAGGGCCCAGUCCCUCAAGCAACCUGGAUGGGCGCCUGGGACUGGGGGGCAGCAGGACAGGCUGGGCCAGGCUCCCCCAGGCGUGCCUCCCUAUUCAUCUCCCCGCAGGGCCCGCCCCGGCCCAGGAGGUCAGCCGGGGAAUCAUUAACAAGAGUCCGGGACAUGGAGGAGAAGGAGGGUGGCCGGACUGUGCCAUGCUGCUCCAGACCCAAGGUGGCAGCUCUCACUGUGGGGAUCCUGCUGCUGCUGACAGGCAUUGGAGCAGCGUCCUGGGCCAUUGUGACCGUCCUUCUCAGGAGUGACCAGGAGCCGCUGUACCCGGUGCAGGUCAGCCCUGUGGAUGCGCGGCUGGCCGUGCUGGACAAAACGGAAGGGAUAUGGCGACUGCUGUGCUCCUCGCGCUCCAACGCCAGGGUGGCGGGCCUCAGCUGCGAGGAGAUGGGCUUCCUCAGGGCUCUGGCACACGCGGAGCUGGACGUCCGGACGGCGGGCGCCAAUGGCACGUCAGGCUUCUUCUGUGUGGAUGAGGGCAGGCUGCCCCACGCCAGGAGGCUGCUGGAUGUCAUCUCUGUGUGUGACUGUCCUCGGGGCCGCUUCCUCACCACCAUCUGCCAAGACUGUGGCCGCCGGAAGCUGCCUGUGGACCGUAUCGUGGGAGGUCAGGACACCAGCCUGGGCAGAUGGCCGUGGCAAGUCAGUCUGCGCUAUGACGGAGCACACCUUUGUGGGGGGUCCCUGCUCUCCGGGGACUGGGUGCUGACAGCUGCUCACUGCUUCCCAGAACGGAACCGGGUCCUAUCCCGAUGGCGAGUGUUUGCUGGUGCUGUGGCCCAGACCUCGCCCCACGGCAUGCAGCUGGGGGUGCAGGCUGUGAUCUACCAUGGGGGCUACCUUCCUUUUCGAGACCCCAACAGCGAGGAGAACAGCAAUGAUAUCGCCCUGGUCCAUCUCUCCAGCCCACUGCCCCUCACGGAGUACAUCCAGCCCGUGUGUCUCCCUGCUGCUGGCCAGGCCCUGGUGGAGGGCAAGAUCUGUAGCGUGACCGGCUGGGGUAACACACAGUACUAUGGCCAGCAGGCUGGGGUGCUCCAGGAGGCCCGAGUCCCCAUAAUCAGCAAUGAUGUCUGCAAUGGCCCCGACUUCUAUGGGAACCAGAUCAAGCCCAAGAUGUUCUGUGCCGGCUACCCUGAGGGUGGCAUUGACGCCUGCCAGGGCGACAGUGGCGGUCCCUUCGUGUGUGAGGACAGCAUCUCUCGGACGUCACGCUGGCGGGUGUGUGGCAUCGUGAGCUGGGGCACUGGCUGUGCCUUGGCCCAGAAGCCAGGCGUCUACACCAAAGUUGGUGACUUCCGAGAGUGGAUCUUCCAGGCCAUAAAGACUCACUCUGAAGCCAGUGGUAUGGUGACCCAGCUCUGACCAGUGCUGUCCCCUUACUGCACAUGCCUCCAAGGCCCACGUUGGUCUAGGUGGCUCCACGGUAGGAGCCAUGCAGAAUACCUUUCCUCUCAAGCCCAGGCCGCAGGUCCAAGGUCCUCUCUGUCACAGUGGCGGGCCCACUCAGCCCUGGGACCACCCAGCCUCACUCUC